AUGGAGACAGCACCAAUGUUUGCUAGAAAAGAAAUCAAAAAAAACUCAAAUUGGAGAACCAAAGAUGAGAUACUUCAAGUUCAGAUUAUUCUAACUUCUCAAUUCAAAUAUCAAAAUAAAUAA